ACAUCCAUCGCUCUCUAUCCGAACCCAUGGCGGUCUUUGUCUUCCAUUGCGACUGCAUGUCUUUCCGGCCAUAUCGGCCGUCUCCGUCCGCUUUUCCCGGUGUACUUGUUCCCUCCGCAAAACGAGGUCUAAAAGAUAUAUUGCAUGUGAGAAUGGUGAAGAUCUUUAAGCAUGUCAUGCAAGAAAAAGCAUUGGGUAAGAUUGAUUUAUCACCAACUAGAGGGGAAAGAAGUCUCUGUUCCUUUGUCAACGCUUCUUGUAGAACCCAGACACCAAUUGAGACAAGAUGCACAUUGCCAAACUGCCGAUCAAUGUAUUCAGGGCAGAUGAACAAGUUGAAAGGAAUUUGUGAUACUGAUCAUAGGCUACUAGGCUUUUCCAAAGUUAUUGUGGAACACUUAUUUGUUCAUCAGAUCACGGCACCAUUCAACUCACCGACUACAAUAUUUACUGUUGCAAAUAUUUUGAUGCUGGUCAUGCCUUUUGAAGCUCUGGCAGAAACAUGUGAGGCUGAUAACUCUGUUUUCAACAUGCCUCUUUUGCUCUUUGUAGCCCUUGUAGGGGCCACUGUUGGAGGUUUGCUUGCACGGCAGAGGAGAGGAGAACUUCAAAGGUUAAAUGAUCAGCUUCGACAGAUUAAUGAAGCACUUCGGAGGCAAGCAAAAAUUGAGUCCUAUGCCCCCACCUUGAGUUAUGCUCCAGUAGGUAGUAGAAUAUCAGAGAAUGAAAUAAUUGUAGAUUCAAGGAAGCAGGAGUUAAUUUCACGUUUGAAAAAUGGGAAGAAAUUCCUGAGAAAUCAGGACCCCCAGAAAGCAUUUACAGAGUUUAAGACGGCUCUUGAGCUUGCUCAGAAUCUAAAGGAUCCAAUUGAGGAAAAGAAGGCUGCUCGAGGCUUAGGAGCAUCUUUGCAGAGGCAAGGGAAGUACCGAGAAGCAAUAAAAUACCACUCUAUGGUUCUAGCAGUGUCAGAGCGAGAAGGAGAGGAUUCUGGCAAUACGGAAGCUUAUGGAGCAAUUGCAGACUGCUACACUGAACUCGGAGAUCUUGAGAGAGCUGGAAGAUUUUAUGACAGGUACAUUUCAAGGUUACAAAUGGAUUAAUCUGAUCUCUUUUUCUUCCCUUUUCAAUGUUGUAUCAGGAUUGGCACGUUGGCAAAGCUCAUGAUUUUGGGUUUGAGGAUGGCCUCUGGCCUAAACUUUGCGGGAAGUUCUUUGGUAAAUUUUCACCGUAUAUUGAAACUUGCGUUUUGCAAUGUAUUUUUAAUGCUUAUUGAUCAUUAGGAUAUUAGUUGUAUUUACCUCUAUGAUAUCAUUAUGGGAAACUCUAUGAUACAGAAAAGAUAUGAUAUGGAAAGAGUUUUGACCAAUCAAAACC